AUGGUGCCGAGAAAAGAGGAGAACUUCAAGGAUUGUGACACGCUUGGACACAUCUUAUCAAUCUAUGGGAAGGCAACGGGACAGAUGAUUAACCAGAAAAAAUCAUCCAUCACUUUUGGGAAAAAGAUUGGAGUGUGUUUCAGUGGAUCGAAGGUGAAGCUUUUCGGUUACAUCAAGGAAAAAGUCCAGAACAGAGUCUCAGGAUGGUUUACAAGAACUCUUUCUCAAGGAGGCAAAGAAGUCUUAAUGAAAUCUGUGUUAUCGGCAAUGCCAGUGUAUGCCAUGUCUUGCUUCAAACUGCCAAAAGUGACUUGUGAUAAUCUGAGAAGUGUAAUGGCGAAUUUUUGGUGGAGUGCAGUGGAGCAUAAAAGUAAGAUUCAUUGGGUCAGUUGGGAAAAAAUGUGUUUGCCUAAGCACUUAGAAGGUCUAGGGUUCAGAGAUAUUGCGGAUUUCAAUCAAGCCUUGGUGGCUAAACAGGCUUGGAAAAUCCUACAGGACCCUAAUUGUUUGAUGGCCAGACUGCUCAAAAGUAGAUACUUCCCUGCGUUGCCUUUUCUCUCUCCCCCGAUUGGAAAUCGUCCUUCUUACGCUUGGAGGAGCAUAGUGUGGGGGAGAGAACUGCUUGAAAAAGGGCUCAGGAAGAGAGUUGGUAAUGGCAAUACGUUAAGUGUUUGGACAGAUAAAUGGAUUCAGGACGAUAUCCUAAGGCUCCCGUGGCGGAUGGUAUUCCCUUUUAACGUCAAUCUGUUGGCCAAGGACCUUAUUGAUUUCCACACCCGAAGAUGGAAUGAGAGUAAACUUAGAGAGACUUUCUAUCCGGAAGAUGUCGAAAGGAUCAUGAUGGCACAACCAGUCACUCGAGGUGAGGACUUUUGGAGUUGGAAUUUUAACCAUAGUGGAGACUAUUCGGUUAAAUCAGGGUUCUGGCUAGCGUCGGUGGAGAACAAAAAAAGAGUGAGAGAAGUGGCUAGUGCUCUCCCUUUCAUUAACUGCCUCAAGAUGAGUGUUUGGUCUCUCAAAACGACCUCCAAGAUACAAAAUUUCCUAUGGAAAGUGCUGAAUGGUGCAGUUGCAGUGGUAGACAAAUUGAAGGAAAGAGGAAUGGUUAUUGAUUCUAUUUGUCAAGCUUGUGGCCUAUCAGAGAAUAGGUUUGGGGAAUCGAUCUAUGUGAAUAUCCUUCACCUAAUGAGUCAGUGCCUUAAUGAGAGACUGCAUAAAGAAGUGAAGAAAAGAUUCCCCUGGGUGUUAUGGUUUAUAUGGAAGAAUAUGAAUUUGUUCUUGUUUGAAAAUAAAUCUUUGGAUGCUAGGAAGAUAAUGGGAAAAAUCAUAGAAGAGAUGGAGUUCUGGUUUCUUGCACAGGAAGUGGAAGAACGUUUCGGAGAUGCUCGGUCUGAGGUCUCAGGAAAUAUCAUUCGGAAAUGGAGACCUCCACCAAAACCGUGGUUAAAAUGCAAUGUGGCUAGUUUCUGGUCAGAAGAGAGGAAACUUGGUGGAAUGGCGUGGGUUCUGCGAGAUGAUGAAGGGAAGGUCUUGUUACAUAGUAGAAGGGCUUGGGAUGGUCUAAAGUCGAAAUCAGACUGCAGCUUUAAGUGUCGAACUUGGGCGGCUGAGAGUUUGAUAAGCCAUGGUGUGAUGAAGUUCUCGCUUGCGCGCAGAACGAAGCUUCGGAAGUUUGGCCGCGCGCGGAGGAGUUCCCGACGUCCAAAAGUUACGAUCUUGAUAUGGAAAGAUAGAUACUUGAGUCAUGCAUCACGUCGAAGUGGAAUGAAGCCAUUUGGAUCAACUAUGAGGCCUAGACUUAUUUUCUACCGAGACAUGUCCGGUAAGCGAGCAAACGAAGCCCAUGGAGGAUUUGGAGUGUCUAAUGGCCCGAGCAGCAGCGCCAAAGGCCUUGAUCGAAUAGAGAAGAGGCCUGGCUAA